UACAAGAAGCUGUCUAGGUCUGUUUUUGCAAAAUGUCACGCUCUUUGGAAUAAAACUGGCAGGUCCACCAUGGCUCAUGAAACAAUGGAACGUGAAUGCAAGCUGCAGCUUCUCCGACCCAAUCAGACACGUUGGAGCUCCCUGUUCCUCUCUGUUGAAAGGAUUGUGCGCAUCCACCGAAAGCAAGGAGAACAAGCAACUCGCAAUGUCUGCACAGCAUUAAAGAUAAAGAUGUUCAAUCCAGCUGAAAUGGGAUUUUUGGUCGAGUAUGCUGCUGUGAUGAAGCCUGUUGCCAUGGCCCUUAAUAUCCUCCAAGGGGAAUCAUCUGUGCAUGUGGGCCUCCUGCUGCCAACACUGUACCAGUUGCGGGACAAGCUGAAGAGGCUAGAGUCAUCUUGCAAAAUGUGUACACCUCUUGUUCACGCCCUGCAGAGAGGGAUCCAGAAACGUUUUGGAGACAUCAUGAAAGACCCUGAGCUGAUUGCGGCAGCAAUACUCCUACCAAGAUUCAGAACAUCCUGGACCACAGAGGAGUACAUCUUAAAUGCUGGCCUGGACUACAUCAGAAAUCCCCUCGACACAGACUUGGAUGAUGUCACCAGUACAAACAGCAACCAGUCUGAUGAAGAUGACUUCUUUGCAUCCAUGGAGUCAGGAAAAUCUCAAGUAGGAGAGCUGGAGAGGUACCUUUCAUGUCUGUCCACUGCAGGUAUGGAUCUACUCCACACCUUUCCUCACAUCAAGAAGCUGUCACUCAAAGUCAACACGGGUUUUCCUGCAUCUGCAGCCUGUGAGAGACUUUUCAGUCAUGCAGGACUCCUGUUCACGGCUAAACGAUCACAGCUUCAUGGCAGGAACCUUGAGAGCCAACUGCUGUUGAAGCUUAAUAGUCACAUCACUGAGUGAUUCUUUGGUGAAAAUGUUUCUUUCUGCAUUUU